UAAGUAGACAAUAUUAAUAUCAACACCUAGAUACACACCACUCGCUGUUGCUCUUCCAAAUACCUAGUAUUACUGAUGAUUUCUCACUUUUCCAUGCUCCUAUUUCCGGAACCAUACUCCAUACGCCGAUAUAGCACCUCGAUCACGCACCUGAUAUUGAAGUGAGUGCGGAAGAAGCCAAGAAAUGGGGCCUCCACGACAGCAGUCUGUCAGGUCUCCCUUCCUCUCAAGACUCAAUCGUCAGUCCCGUCUCCGCCAUAAACUCCGCCACCUUCCUCCCCAAAUCAAUCAACCCCUCCGUCUUCAUAUCAUCCACCAGCCUAUUCUUCAAAUUAUGAUAUCGGCGCAGAUAAAGCCUUUUAUUAAAAGUGCGCAUCCAGACAUCGGCGCCUACCUGGCUGCAUUGCCACCACCACAUAUGGACGCAGCGACACAUGAUAUCGAAUUUAUUCAUGUCUUGUAUGCGCUUUUCGCAUUCUCUCUCGAUUUGCUCUCCCUAUAUUUUUCCCAACAUGAACAUUUUAGCAAAUCAUAAAAGCCCGCUCCUAUCUCUCAUACAUGCAUGUAUGCAUCACCAAAGGUUUUCCACUUCCACUUCUGAUGACGAAAAGAAUG